AAAAUGAGUAGUUGACGAAAACCCUCAAUUCGCCAAAAUCUGGUAUUAUAUUGAAAAUGACAACGAUCUGUUUAGUAUUUUUUUCAUAAAUCUAAAUUAAUUGAUGAAGAGUUUAAAAAAAUUGAACAACAAUACCAACUCUUCCUUGCCAGGUCAUUAUGAAUUAGAUUUAGGGUUUGACGUUAAACCCGGAAGUGAGUUCCCUCCUUCCUCACAGUUCAUCUUCGUUUGACAGCGCGGUGGUGAAUGGCUUCUGGAGGACAAUGAGCGCGAUCUCUUAACUUUGUUCGGCACUUCCACGUCCAUUCGGAGAUCGACAGAGACUCUAAAUCACUACUGCAGCAAUGUCAGGGUUCAAGUACCACUUGUGGUUGCCAGUGACUGUGGGUGUCCUGUUUGUGGGUCUCCCGUACUCCAUCUCUCUGGCCGCCCAGUUAAUGCUCGGCUGGCCCAGCAAACCCGGAUAUAAAAAGUACUUAGAGGCUGUAAAACCAAGACGGAUUUACCGCAUCACAAGAGCCGUGUUGGAGUCACUGAAAUGCCUGCAAUAUGGGAGACUUUACCUCCAGCUGAAGUCAUGGUAUGAAAAUGACAAGAACAGAAUGCAUUAUGAAAAGGGCAUCGCAUUUGGUCGCCGUGGGAACAAGCUUGACUUGUACCACCCUCCCGGGUUGGCAAAGUCUGGAGACAAGGCAGCGCCGCCGCCACUGGUGGUAUUUGUCUACGGCGGCGCUUGGUCCUCUGGAGAACGAUUCGUUUACUGUCUGGUGGCCAGACACCUUACUGAAGAACUCAAUGCGGCUGUCAUUUGUCCUGACUACACUACCUACCCAAAGAUGAACGUUUUAGGAAUGGUGCAAGAUAUUGCAGACUGCCUGAUUUGGGCUCAAGAGAGUGGACCUCAGUUUAACUUUGACAAAGACAAUAUCAUUUUAAUUGGCCAUUCGGCAGGUGCGCACUUGUGCGCACUGACCACGCUGUUUCUCCUCGAUGCAAGGGAAGAGCUUUUUAUUGAGGCGAGCAAGCAGCAAGACCUGGCGUCGGUGAUCAAAGGAGUCAUCGGGCUCAGCGGUGUGUAUAACAUCGUGGAGCAUUACGAGUAUGAGCAGAAAAGAGGUGUGGAAUACGUCUCGGCCAUGCAUAAAGCCAUGAAUGGAGUGGAGAACUUUGCGUACUACUCACCCACGCACUGGCUGGAGACGUUCGACCAGGACAAACUGAGCAGGUUGCCUCCAUUCACAUUGAUCCACGGGGCCAGAGACAUCAUGGUUCCGGCAGAAGCUUCCGCCAAGUUCUCUGAGCUCCUCACGUCGCUGUCCGUGAAGUCUUUUCUGUACGUGUUGCCCGAGGUCGACCACAGGGAGAUGAUCGUCGACCUCAUGGCGCCCGAGCGACGGUUCUACCACGCCAUCUACAGCUGCAUUAAACACCAAUACAGGAAACUUGUGAAAGUCAGAUGAUGUCACAUCUGCGGAUGGGAAGGCAUAUUUCUGUCAUUUUUCACAUUUUUAUAUUACAUUUUAUAUGUGGUUUUUGUAUUAUAUUAUCAGUAUUCUGUUAAAUUUUACAUUAUUUAUGUUAAAUUAUAAGUCUGUUAUUAGUUCGACUCCAAUACUGAUGAGAAAAAAGUGCAAUCAAUAGCAAUAACAUAGUGGUGGUCCUGAAUUAUGAAUAGUUUGUAUGUGCCCUGUGAUUGGCUAUGAAUAACAAAUGUACCUAAAGUGCAAAGUUGUGUAAAGCUGGACUAAAAUUUGACAUUCUAAUAAGGGUCGUUAUGUUUUUAGACCUAAUAAAUGAAUCAUUGAUCCAUGAA